GACCAAAACCUACCAUCAAACGCCAACUAGUGCCAUCCAAUACAGGUCAUCUCAAAUUUCCAAUUAUCUGUUGACAUUUCAAACAUACAUUAUUAGCAAAUACUAAUAUAGAUAUAAAUUGGGAUUUGGAGGUAACGGUACAGUCUAUACGAAGUAUUAUACUAGUAUAAGCAGAAUGUGGAUAAGAUAUUGCCACUUAGGGAAUUAGCAUAACCUGUAGGCUGCAGAGCAUAUUAGCAUUUAUAAAACCCAUUGAUAUAUUUCAUAUGUUAGAGCACCAAAAAUGCAGCUUCCUUUUUCAAUUUCUGUGAUUCUCUUGUCAUUUUUUCUUUGGGCUAAUCAUGCUUCAUCAGAAAAAUAUACUUACAUUGUCCGCAUGGACAAAUCCUCCAUGCCUAAGGCAUUCUUGAGUCACCAUUCUUGGUAUUCUUCCCUUCUCAAAUCAGCAAAAUCAGUUGAUCCGGCAUCACUAGCCGCCGACAAAUCCGUAGCGAAGCUUAUCUACACCUACGACCAUGCCUUCCACGGCUUCAGCGCUGUAUUGUCGAGAGAAGAAUUGCAGAUUCUAAAGAAAUCAGGCGGGUUCCUUUCCGCGUCCGUGGACAAUGUUGUCACUCCCGACACCACACAUUCUGUCAAGUUCCUUGGCCUCAACACUGCCGCCGGACUCUGGCCUGCUUCCCAGUACGGAAAAGAUGUGAUCAUAGGCAUCAUCGACAGUGGCAUCUGGCCGGAGAGUCCGAGCUUCAAGGAUGACGGUAUGACCGACAUUCCUGCGGGGUGGAAAGGAAUCUGCCAAGAAAGCCCAGAUUUCAAUUCAUCCCUUUGCAACAAGAAGCUGAUUGGAGCCAGAUACUUCGACGCUGGAACUCGAGAAGCAGACCCGGGCAGAGAAUUCACUUCGGCGAGGGACACCGAUGGUCAUGGUAGCCACUGCGCGUCCAUUGCAGCCGGGAACUUCGUGGACGGCGUUUCCUUCUUCGGGUACGCCCCAGGAACUGCAAGGGGAGUUGCUCCGCGAGCUAGAAUCGCAGCCUACAAGAGCGGAAGCUAUGAAUCUGACACCUUAGCAGCCAUCGACCAGGCCGUCGCCGAUGGAGUCCAUAUAAUAUCCAUAUCCUUAGCUUACGAAUCAUCUGAUCUCUUCCAGAAUCCUAUUGCAGCAGCAACCUUCGGAGCUAGGGGGAAGGGCGUCGUGGUGUGUAAGUCCGCAGGAAAUAGCGGCCCGAGCAUCGCGACCAUGUUUGGAGGCGGGACCCCUUGGGAGGUGGUGGUGGCGUCUGGGACUGUUGAUAGGUGGUUUGCAGGGACUAUCACUCUCGGAAAUGGCGAAACCAUCACUGGAUUUACCAUGUUUCCUGCAAGGGCCUCUGUAUACAACGUGCCUCUCAUCUAUAAUGAGACCGUGUCUCCCUGCAACUCAGCUGAAUUAUUGUCACAGUCGUUUCUGACCCGAAUUGUUGUUUGCAAUAUAACAGACGAAACCGUAGGCUUUGAUUCCUUAAUGGGAUAUCUUUCCGAUUCCAACGUCGCAGCAGCUAUUAUCAUUUCGGAAGAUAGCAGCAUACUUAGAUCAAAUGAGUUUCGUUUUCCGGGAGCCGUAAUCACCCCGAGAGAAGCCGUAAAAUUGAUCAAUUACGCAACAACUAGUGCUACACCAAACGCAACUAUAGAGUUCCAGCAAACAAUAAUUGGGGCAGUACCACGGGCAGCUCCCGCCUUAUCGGCAUCCUCAUCUAGAGGCCCUUCGCAGGGCUACCAGGAGAUCUUGAAGCCCGACAUUAUGGCGCCGGGAGUGCUAAUUCUUGCCGCAUACAGUCCUCUCUCGAAUUCAAGACCACGAAUUGGUAACAACAUCUUCCUGUCCACCGAUUACUCUCUCGAGUCGGGCACAUCGAUGGCCGCCCCUCACAUCGCCGGAGUCGCCGCGCUUCUCAAAGCUGCACACCCGGAAUGGAGCCCCGCGGCUAUUCAAUCCGCCAUGAUGACAACAGCAAACCAUCUCGAUAGCACCAAACAACCCAUCAAAGACCAGGCCUUCGACCGAGUUGCUUCGCCACUUGGCAUCGGGUCGGGGCAGGUAGACCCGAACCGUGCGCUUGAUCCGGGCCUCAUAUACGACUCGUCACCGCAAGAUUUGGCGAAUCUUGUUUGCUCGAUGAACUACACUCGCGAGCAGAUUCGGGCCAUCAUACGAUCGAGCUACAAUUGCUCGAACCCGUCGUCGGACCUCAACUACCCCUCAUUCAUUGCCCUCUUCAACUUCGACCAAAGAGGACUGACACUCACCAAAACAUUCAAGCGGACUGUCACCAAUGUGGGAAACGGUGCAGCCACGUAUAGAAUGAAACUCGAAAAACCAGAGAAUGCGACGGUGAGGGUAUCGCCGACAACUCUGGUAUUCAGGAAGAAAUAUGCGAAGCAGAGCUAUUCCUUGAGCAUUCGUUUUACGGGCGACAUUGAUUCCACGUACAGACAGGGCUCGCUGACCUGGAUUGAAGACACCGGAAAGUAUACAGUCAGAAGUCCGAUUGUGAUUUCGGGCGGAGUUGAUAAUUACGGCUAGUUUUUGUCUGCUUUCUUUUCUUUUUUCUGUGGCUGCUUUUGCUUGCUUAUCACUGUAUUUUAAUUUUAAUAAUGGGUUUUCAAAUCCUGCAAUAAGUAAUUCGGAUGGCUUGCUGCGAUUUAUUUA